AUGCUACAAGCGAGUGUAAAUAGCAGAAUCAGGAUCCCGGGCUUGCGAAUGCAUCGCAGCCGACUCGCUCUGACACACUCCGCGUCGACCGUCCGAUUUCUGAACGAAUCCGUCAGUACUGAGGUGCCCUCGAGCGAGGCGGCACGAAGAACAUGCAAAUCGAUAUCUGGAUGCCCAGGGAGUAGCUGGGGGCUCUUGGCGUGCGGUUCGUACCACCGCUGCAUAUUGAUUGGCUCCGUGGUAUUUCGAACCCACUGUUUACGAUAUUCACAACAAAUUGUAACUUCAACAAACCGAUUCAAGACGUUCAUUUUAUACUCGGAAAUUGUCUUACCCUCUUCUGAACAACGUAGGAGUCCAUAA